GCGAAGGAUACUGUUCACUUGGAUUAAAGCCGAGCGACCGGCUAGGAGAAAGUCUGCGCCUUCUACUUGAUCCCGAAGGCUGAAGGUGCUGAAAUCGGUAUAGAGCAAAGGAGAGUUACCUUCAGCCAUGCUACUAUUCCAAAUAACCAUUUUGUUUUUUGUCGCUGGAUUGACCUGUCUUCGCCAUCCGGUCGUUUAUGGAAAGGAAGAUUUGGAGACUUCGUUGGAAAAAGCUGACCCACCAAAGCACAGAGAGAAACGAUGGCUAUGGGGCGGUAAGACUGGCUCUUGUGUAUUGCUUACCUUCAGUCUUGAAUUUCACAUUCUAUUUCACUAAAACAACUAACAUGCUCAACCCACCGGAGUCUUAUCUGAGGUUAUACCUUAUCCGUAUGGAUUAAACCCAAAACACGUUCCUGGUGAACUUCACUUUGAGACUUUGAACUUCACAUAUUCGUGGAUGCUAUCUUCGUAGUGUUAGCCUAGAAAUCAUGUUUUCCCCGAGAAAGCUUUCAGACAAAUUUACAGAAUACUUUGAACCAUUGUGAACUAGAAUACUUGCAAGAAUCUUGGCAACUUCAUUUUUGAUCCGGACUGAUUUAUAUAAACCUUUCUGGGGCUUCAUAGUCAACCGCAAAUAUGGACUUUACUCAAUGGAUAAAAUUGCUUUCACGCACCAUUUUUCACCUAGUGAUCCUCUAUCUCAGGAAAAAGAUUAGAUUUAAUGACUUGAAAUAAAGAAUAUUUGUCAAGGGUUUUCUACAUUUUGGCCAAGCUCCACCCUAGCUAUAUGAUGUCUGGGAACAUCUUAGUACUUCGCCAUGUUUAUUACGGUUGUAGCAAUGGUCACGAGAUCUUAAGUAAGAACGUUUUACUUGACACUACUUCCAUAACUUUGCUUAAGUGACCCCUCCGCAUUUUUCUUCGGUAUUUCUUCAAAGUACUGUAUUUUGCUAUUCCCAAGGAUUUUUUAAAUACUCUGCUCUUUAGAUAUCGAUUUAUCUGUUGCUUUUUUCCUUAGAGAAUUUUCAAAAAUAAAGCCUACGUUUCUAGAAUAGAUCGUGAGACACCUCGAUUAGCUUAAUCGGAUUUCCACUUUAUUUACAUAAAAUAAAUGCGGUUUUUUUUUAAGAUUAGCGUAGUGUAGUCAGGUCACUUUCGCUUAGUUUCCCAGACAGUCCUUUAGAACCGUUUGGAAUUGAACCUCUGGAAAAUCUUACCCACUUUAAACCGCUGCUUCUUGUUAUUCGAUAGCUCAAGACUAAACCGUUCACUGGAAGUUCUUUUCAAAAUUGCAAGAAUAUCUCCUCUUACUUCAGUGAGUUUUGCCAGAACAUGGCGCAAUUCUAAUACAAUUUUAGCAUGUUCGCAAAGUUAAAAUAUGCUUUAAGACUUUUCUUUGCAAAAAGUAUUUGUGCGUGCUAAGAAGCUGAUAAAGAGUAAUACAGGCGGGCGGCAUUUUUCAAGUAAGGAGCCCCUUCUACAGCCGUACGAAUAUUCGUGUAAACGGGCAAUGAAAAGCUCAUAUAUUUUAACACAAGUGCAUUGCCUCUAAUCCCUCUUAAUUAAACUGUGCUCAGUCUGAACAGGCUUGUUCGUUUUUGGCAGCAAAUGCAUUGUUUUUGUUAUUCUUUGCAUAGCCAUUCGAAGAAGUUAGAUGCUUUUUUUUUUUCCGUAACGCAGACUAUGAACAGAUUGGAGUCUUGUCAUAUUGAGUUUUGCUGCUAGAAUUCAAGCAUUACUCUUAUUUAAACAAUGGAUCUGUUCCACUAGAUCCUUUGGCUGUUACUGAACAGUUUUGAAACUACGUGCUGAAUUCGCCAAGAGUUUGUAAGUAGGUCUAAUCAUUGGAAUUUUAGGCAUGGAAAACAUAUCCAAGAAAUAAUAUUUUCAUAACUUUCAGAUAGUGCAGGAAUGUCAAUUGCACUCACGGAGACAAGUUCAAAACGAGAAAGAUUAAUUGCCAUUCUAAACGGUAGCAGUUUGUUUUAAUUGCAAGAUGUUGAUCCAUAUCAAAAGAUAGAUAAUCGAUCAAAUCUUUUUUUUCCGGAAAUGGACUGGGAAGAGGUUCUACUAAACAGUUCUCAAUUAUACCGGACACGUUUCAUUUACGCGCAGCGAGUGAGAGCUCAUUCCGAUAACACUGGGGCAUACCAGAGGAAUACGAACGAAUGUUUUGAAUUCUUAAACACUUAAGACACACGAUCGCCAUGUUUUCGCUCUGUGUCUCCUGCGUGUACAUUGCUGGGCGCAUGCGUAAUGAUUGCCUAGAUAACACUCCGGUAAACAAGAUCGUGAUCAUUUUACACGGCAGCGCGAAACCAAAGGCAAAGAAACCACCUGAGCAGAGACCCAUUCUCAAGUGCAUGUCUAUUCACAUUUCAUUUUCUUGGCUCAAAUUAGGGUGUGGUUUCAUUCCUGGAUGUGAAAAAUGCAGCAAUGGGCUUAUUUGCAACAAAUGCAGACCAAUUUUUACCCCUGUGGAGUACGAAAGGAACAAAAAGAAGAUCAUAAGGUGCAGCCGCUCCUGUCCUCCAGGCUACAAUGUCACAUCUACAAGGGAAUAUCCCAAGAUUUGUGUUAGAACACAAUUUGGUAAGUUGGAUCAGAGGCAUACCAAUAUCAUUUCUUGAGCCUCAAACAACUUCCUGCAAAGCGGUUUAUCUGAUAUUACUUGGGCACAGAGACGAUGGUGCAUCUAUAUCAAGAGAGGAUAUCAUGUCUUGUCUCUAUGUGUUGCUUUUCUUGCUGUACAGGUUGCAGUUAUCGUGGUUCAGUUCUUGUUGCUGAAACGGUGAAUCAAGUGGGCAGUUAAAUUAUUACAUUAUUAUCGCUUGGUGAAAUAUACCAGAUAAAAAGUCACGCGUAAACCAGUCACGUGAAUAAGGGGUUGAUAUCACGUGUAUAGGUCAUUAAAUACCUGGAACGGAGGAUUAAAUUUAAACAGACACAAUCCCAGCCCCCUUUCGAUUGCUAAUGAUAUGAAUGCAAACAACGCAAAUAAAAGCGUCUAUUGCCAAUGGCAAGUUUUCAGCCUCGAAGGUGAUCGCUCCUCAGUUAAAAUUGAUGAUAACCAAAGCCCUUUAUCUCCUUGAAAAUUCAUUGCCCUGCUAUUUAAGAAAAGUCGUUGUUCUGAUGUUCAAGGUUGUUCUGCACGACAUUGUGAAGACUGUGAACCUCACAACCCAGUUAGCUGCGUGAACUGCACUCAGGGAUACUAUUCAGUGCAAAAAAGGGUUAUGGGAAACGUGAAAUGCGUGAAACAGUGUCCAGAUGGCUUCACCCCGAACCUGAACACUGAUGGGAAGAUGAUUUGCAAAGAUACACAGUCAAGUAAGAGUGAUAAAGUUAUUAGUUAGUUGUAGGUUGGUAGUUUGUCCUUGGGGGUUGGCAAAGCGGGGUUGCACAAGUUAUGCCCAAAAACUCUCGAAAAAAGUUCUGUUGUUUUAGUACAGCUCUCAAUUUUCUGAUUUCCAAAUUGUCAAUAUCAAUAAAAAAGAGAAAGAAGAGGAAUAUUUAGAAGAAGAGGAAGGCAGCACAUGAGCCAACGUUACAUGAUGCUUUUCAUACAGGAGAUCGGUAUGCGCCAGGAACCAUAUGAUUUUUAUCUCCUCCGUUUUGCUGCUUACCUACUUAACGUUUUGAUAUUCCAAAUUAUAAGCAAAAGGAUCGAAAACUUUCUUUUAAUUUCCAAAGAACUCGCUUACAAUCCUAAGAGGACACACAAAACCCGAAGACAGUGACUGCAUCUCUAAAUUUUACCAUGAGGUAUCAUUAUCGUGGUCAAGUGUCAUAAUUUUAGAUAUACAAUUUAAUGGCGAAUAUUUCAUUUGUAAGGUUUCCGAACCACACUUCUCCCUUAAUUACUGAAUUUAUCUUUUGGACUGGAGAGAUGUAAAACGUUAGUGAUCGUAAGAUGAGUCUCUCAAUAGAUUGCGUCACCAUAUUGCGUUCUUCAAAAACCGUGCAGAAACACGCGUUAAUUCAAUUUGCCUAUUUUCAGAAUGCCAAUCGUUUGUGCCUAAAUGUGCUACGUGCCUAGAUAGCGUACGCUGCCGAAAGUGCAGGAGUGAUCUGCAUGUCUUCUUCAACAAAAGCGGCAUGGCUUGUAUUCAGAACUGUCCGAGGGGCUUCGUAUCCGCCGACUCCCACUAUUUCGGAAAGUACUGUAAAAGGCCACUUGUCGGUAAGUGACAAAAUCGGAUCGUCUUUGAUAAGAUAAGCUCUCAAUAAGAUUUGAAACCUCGACUGAUUCUGUCAAUGUCAACAAUGAAAUGAAAAUAAUGAACUUUAAUUAACACCAAAACAAUUAAACAUUUUAAUGAAAUAAUUGAGAUACUCGGUGCACUUUGAUUUAUUUAAAGACAAAUUGUUUGUUCUACAGUUUCACUUAAUAUGCGUUAACCGACCCAACGACCCACAGCGGUGGUUUGGAGAACACUUGAGAAACUCAUCUUCUCCCAGCAUUACGCUGCCUGAAUUCUUACGAGAAUUUACGUAUAGAAAGUACAAUCAAUUGAGUUAACUCUGUACAUCAGCAAUACUGAGGAAUAAACUUACAUAUGAUAACUUGGUGUUUUUCAUUGUAUAUGUUUGUACUGUAACUGUGGUGCUGCGUCGGUGGUAGAGUAUAACAGGGUAAUUUUGUAUUAUCAACUGAGUUGAUAAUGUAAAUUGGCCUCCGUAAAGAGUUUUAAAGCUGACGUUUCGAACGUUAACCCGUCGUAUACCGCUCUGACGAAGGGCUAACCCUCGAAACGUCAGCUUGACGGUGGUUCAUUUACGUUAUCAACUAAGUUGAUAAUGCUAAAUCAGCCUGUUCAGCGUUUGGUAUAAAAUCACAUCAGCUUGAUGAAUUUUAAAUUCACUAAACCAGAUCAAAUGGGCUUUAAAUAUGAACCCAGGUCACCUUACGUAUGGUAAGCAUUUCUUCUCUUUUUUUUCCUUGGCGUGGAUAGAGUGCCGAUCAAUUUCAAACUGUGAGAGAUGCCCUGACAAGAUCAAUUGCCGCAGAUGUAAGCCAAAGUUUUACAAGCUCAAAACAAAUCCGUUGUCCCACGCAAAAUGUGUUUCGUUGUGCCCAGCAGGGUUUAAAAGGAAAGGAAGGAGAUGCCAACGUAUAAGGGAAGGUAACUGAGAUCAAAGUGAUGAGUAUUUCAAUGUAGUUGUGUUUUAUUGGUAACUAGGUUUGCAUGCAGCUGUCUUGCUCGCCAUGUUUCCAAAGCAACCACUUGUACUUAUAACCCAUUUGGAUGGGAGCCAGAUACUUAGAUCCUUUUAUUUCACCGUGAUUCCAGCUAUACCCGACUCCAAUUGCCCAUUUCAUUUACAAAGACUUCAACUCCCUCACUUCUAUCAUCUUUUAGACGGAUGUUCUGGCGAGUAUUGUUUGACAUGCAAGGAUGGUUGGUAUCGCGUUAAUUACAAUAAAAGACAUUGUCAGCGCAAGUGUCCCAAAGGCUUUUACAUUCUUGGAGAAAAACAGAAAUUCUGUCUCCGUAAGUACAAUAACAAGAUAGUAAGCCAGUUCCUAAGCAAUUGCAUAGAAAUUGGUUCAAGAAGAGAUGACCAUGCGUCGAAGUUUCUGAAAAUUAAGGAAAACAAAACCCUUGAGUUUGUCCUUCACUUUAAAGCCGGUUGUUAUAAAGGAGAAGUUUUUGAUGUGAAAGCACUCGGAAGAUUGGCCAACUGGAUCUCUUAACCUCACUACCUCGCAGCCGGAUGAUUUUAAAGAGGGCAGAUUGUAGCUUAAAAACGUAUUUCAUAAAAAUCAUACAUUAAGAACGAAGUAAAUUAUUGAAAUAAAAGGGAGGUACUGAAACCAAAAUAGGCUUUGAGAAAAAAAUUUGGUUGUUUUAAGCUAGACUGUCGACUAUCAAGAUCUUAUUCUCUCCUUUUGCUACGUUAUUUGCCAUAGGAUGCCUGGCCCGAUGUGAAGAAUGUAUGAACGGUUUUGACUGCGGCAAGUGUGAUCCAGGAACUUUUAAACUUGUCCAGGGUCUGCACACGUCUUGCGUGACAAGCUGCCCCUUUGGCUAUGCGAGUCAUGGUAACGUCAAAACUGGAAGAGUAUGUACUUUUAAAAGGUUUGUUUGCCAACGAAGCCUUUGGCAAAGGGCACACUCUUAA